UUAAAUUUUCUUGGUUUUCUAUGGUUUCACUGUGGUUAUUUACCGUCCAAUGAUGCAACCUUAUUUCGCGGUAUCAGGCUAAUUACGCCAAGUGGUGUGUCUAGUGUCGCCGGCAGUACAAUAAUGCUGGUCAACGCAGGCAUGGAGACGCCAGGCAGCGCAAUUGAACUUCGCAAGCGUAGCAUGAUUGAGGCCGCAAUGGAGGCUUCUAGUGGACUCGUGACGCCAUCUUCCCAGCUUUACAGAGUUCUACCAGAACGCUCGGCCGUCAUUAAUCCAAAUGAGAUGAUGGGUAGCACCAAGCUCUACGAUGUGGCUGGAGUUAGCGGUGCGCCAAAAGGCAUAGAGGUGAAGAUUUUUCUCCGAUUAUUACUAUAA